AUGGCAUCGAGAGAAACCACCCUCUUGAGCCCGACGCCGGAUGGCGAGCGCUAUGAACUCACCAGCCCAACGGCACUGCCCAAGGCUGGUGGUUUUCUUUGGAAUCAGAGGAUGAUGAUACACUUCACCUGCCGAGGAUAUGCAACCGCGCAGUUCAUGCAGCCCGAGCCAGCCAAGUACUCGCACGCGCCAAACAUCGAGGCGAGGACCUUCAUGCAGCCCGAGCAGAACUACUACACGCACCACCCAGGCCGCUUCGUGUAUGUCAAAGACGAGGAGACUGGCAAGGUAUUCUCAGCGCCUCAUGAGCCUGUCCGCGCAGAGCCGGAGCGGUUUGUAUUUUCUGCUGGGAAAAGUGAUGUGUCCUGGACGACACAGGGGCUUGACGGCAUCCAGGUGGAAAUGACAUUGGCUUUGCCUACGCACGAUGUCGCGGAGUUGUGGACGCUCAAGGUCGCAAAUAAAUCCAGUCGGAGACGUAAAAUCAGCAUUUAUCCGUAUUUCACGAUCGGAUACAUGUCAUGGAUGAAUCAAGGGGCAGAGUAUCGAUCUGACCUUGGAGGGAUCGUCGGAAGCAGCAUCACCCCAUAUCAAAAAGCAGAGGACUACGCCAAGAAUAAGUUCUUGAAAGAUAAGACUUACUUCCUAUGCGAAACACCACCAACCGCUUGGGAGGUCAAUCAGAACUCAUUCGAAGGAGAAGGUGGUCUUCAUGCUCCAUCAGCGGUGCUGGAAGGUGCUGAGCUGAACAAAGGAGAUGCACGCUACGAAACGCCAGCCGCAGCUGUCCAGUACCGUAUCGAACUCGAACCAGCCGAGGAGAGGACCUACCGAUUUAUAUUCGGCCCGGCUUUGGAUCAUGCCGAGAUCGAAUCUAUGAGGAAGAAGUACCUCAGCGCAGACGCAUUUUCCAAAUCAGCAAAGGACUACGCGGCUUACAUCCACUCCGGAAAAGGUCGCCUCCAAAUACAGACACCAGAUCCAGCCCUGGACAAUUUUGUCAACAACUGGCUGCCCCGCCAAGUAUUUUAUCAUGGCGACGUGAACCGCCUGACCACUGACCCGCAGACACGCAACUACCUCCAGGACAACAUGGGGAUGAGCUACAUCAACCCGGCUGUUGCUCGCAAGGCUAUCAUCACGGCCCUGUCGCAGCAGGAGGAAACGGGUGCCAUGCCUGAUGGCAUUCUGUUAUCAUCUGACGCGGAGCUCAAGUACAUCAACCAGGUUCCGCAUACUGACCAUUGCGUGUGGCUUCCCAUCGCGUUGGAUGUGUAUCUCUCCGAGACUGGCGAGUACGAGUUGCUCAAAGAGAGCGUCCCGGGAUCCCACGGUGACACCUUCACUGUCUCUGACCGCCUGUGCCGGGCAAUGGACUGGCUUCUCUCUUCCAAGGCCAGAGAUAAGUACGGUCUGAGUUAUAUCGCCCAGGGAGACUGGUGCGACCCCAUGAAUAUGGUAGGAUGGAAGGGCAAAGGCGUUUCGGGCUGGCUGACUGUAGCCACCGGAUACGCACUGAAGCUGUGGGCGGAGACGUGUGCCCAGGCUAAGCGGCCAGAUCUGGCAGAGAAAUACCUCGCCGGCGCAAAGGACGUGAACGAAGCCGCGGCCAAGCAUCUUUGGGAGGGCGAUUGGUUCCUACGCGGCAUCACCGAUGACGAUAGGGUGUUCGGCGUGAAGGGCGAUGCGGAGGGUCGGAUUUGGCUGAAUCCCCAGGCGUGGUCCAUCCUCAGCGGCGCAGCGGACGCGGAAAAGAUGGCCAAGAUGCUGCCGCACGUGGAUGAAAUGCUGGGCACCCCAUACGGGGUGCUCAUGUUCUGGCCGCCCUUCAGUAAGAUGCAGGAGGACAUCGGGCGCGUGACGCAGAAGUUCCCCGGCCAGGGCGAGAACGGGUCCGUGUACAACCACGCGGCCGUCUUCUACAUCCACGCGCUCUACAGCAUCGGCGAGGCGGACCGCGCCUACAAGCUCCUGCGCCAAAUGCUCCCCGGGCCAAGCGAGGAGGACUAUGUGCGGAGAGGGCAGCUUCCGGUGUAUAUCCCCAACUACUACCGAGGCGGGUGGAAGGAGUACCCCGACCGUGCCGGCCGGUCCAGCCAAUUGUUCAACACUGGCACCGUGUCGUGGGCGUAUCGCUGCUUCAUUGAAGGCCUGUGUGGGCUCCGAGGCGAUCGUGAUGGACUGAGGAUACACCCGCAGCUGCCCUCCGACUGGGACGGCAUUACGGUGAAGCGGCUGUUCCGCGAGGCCGAGUUCAACGUGGACAUCCGCCGUGGGGAUGUCGAGAAGGUGCAGGUAGUCCUUGACGGAAAGACACUGCCAGAGGCGCACAUCACAGGCGUGGAAUCUGGCAGGACCUACCAGGUUUCCGUGCUUGUGCCUUCGAAAUGA